UCGAAAACAAUAUCUGCCCAACGGUUACAUUACACUCACGUGAGAGCAUGGAACGACAACUCUGCUUGGAGAUUUGGUCGAAAACUAAAUUAAACCAGAAAUGCUCGUUUUGCAACCAAACAUCAACUAAUUUUAUGUAAAAAGUGACUGGUUGUAAGUUGCUGGCCCCCUAACAGCAGGGAUAAAUGAGGGCUGACUGGACGACGCUAGUUCUCAACAGGGAGGCAUUCAUUCUUAUCUUCGUCAACUACAUUUUCUUCUCCCUAAUUGUGUUAAGCUGCCUGUUGUUCCUGAUGUGCCUGGCCCACUCAUCGUCCCCUCCUUGGAGCAUGAUGACCUCCCUCACAAUACUCGCCUUCAGUUUCGUCAUGGUGAACAUGGUGCUGGCCGACUACGUCGUGCAGACAAUCCACUCCAAGAGAGACUUCAAGAACUUCCUCUGAUGCCUUAGUGCUAUCCAAGAGAAACUUCAAGAACUUCCUCUGAUGCUUUAGUGCUAUCCAAGAGAGACUUCAAGAACUUCCUCUGAUGCCUUAGUGCUAUCCAAGAAAGACUUCAGGAACUUCCUCUUAUGCUUUAGUGCUAUCCAAGAGAAACUUCAAGAACUUCCUCUGAUGCUUUAGUGCUAUCCAAUAGAAACUUCAAGAACUUCCUCUGAUGCCUUAGUGCUAUUCAGGUAUAAAGCUACAAGCUGUUGAUUUCAAGACUUACUGGACCAUUUAGGCAUUUAGCUGCAGCCUGUCGCUAUAAAGACCGAUAGACUUUUGUGAUGCUUUAUUGUUAUUUGGGCACUGAGCUGCAAGUUGUUGACUUUUAAACACUUCAGGAGAUUAUGGUUAAGUGAAAGACAUAUUUACUAAAGAUCUUGUUACAUAUUAUUAUUUUUCAGUAGGUUUGCUUAAAUAUGUUUAUGUGAAGGAACUAUUUGGGAUAUCUAGUUGUAAUCAGGGCAGGUAUCUACUUAUGUUAGACUCAUAACUGAAGACUGCAAAAAGUGUGAUAUUUUGCUGAAAUCCAAACAUUAAAUGACAUUCAGUGAGUGUUGCAUUUGGAACAAAAGAAGGAAAUAGUUCAUGAAAUCAUUUAAAUGCAGUGAGUUGUUACCAUUUCAGAAUUAUCUUGGUUAGCUAUAGAGGAGUACACUCACAAUUUAUUGAAAACUGAUUUUUUGAGUGUUUAGAUAAACACAUCACUGUAUGUGAAUAUGUUAAAAACUUGCAGUGAACAUAUUUGUCAAACAUGUGUGGUUGCUUGCAGAUCAUGGAAAGGGACUCCCAGGAAAUAUACAAUUAUAAAAGUGAACUACAGCAUAUAUAUCAAACUGUCAUUGUAUCUAAGGAGUUAGGAAUUGGAGGACAGUUUUUUGUGUGCACCUAGUUUCUUUUUUUUCCACACACAAACAAUGUCCAAAGAGAAAAGCAGUCUAUUACUGAAGCGUGAAUCUGCUGAUCUGGGGGUAUUGUCAGUGAAUACGGACUUAUCAGAUGUCACCUUUUAUGCCAUAACCCCCUCUAGCCCGAGUUCAAAGUUCACAAAAUCAGGCCUGGACCAGGUGAAUCCAGCCACGUGCCCAUUUAGAGGAGUCGUGCUGUCCUUUUGGGACAACAUUCUUGGCCCUCGAACACGCCAUGUGUGGAACGCCAACAGAGACAACCCGCUAUCGUCGGACCUCUUGUCUCAUAUAACCAGCCAAGUUCUUAGCUGUGAAAUUUGCAGAGAUCCGUACAAGUGCGACAUUGACUUCAAGUUUUAUAAUUUGCCGCAUAAAGGAGUAGUUGUUCCAGCAUUUGUGUUCUCUGCCAAAGGAACACACGGUAUGUCCGUGCAUUCUCUGUAUGUAGUAAUACCAAACACAGAGCUGGAAUUCUACCUUGAAAUUCAUGAAACUUUGCUGAGCUGUUUCCAGCGAUUAACGAGAAAACUGAGAGUCAUACUUGAAAAGAAUCCAUUUGAUGUGUCAGUUGAUGUUUUCAAGAAAUACCUGUCUGAUUGCGUUCGAACCCUGUCUCUUCUUCACAAUACUUCUUUGGCAACAAAUAUUGAGUUAGCGGACACAGUGUUCUGUCGCGGGCAUGCACGUGCACUAGACAAUGAAUUCUUGGCUCGCUGCAUCGCUUCACAUCUUAUGACCUUCGGUCGAUCAUUGGUCCUUGGAGACACACCUGAAAAAAUAAACCUGGUGCUGAAUACGCUGUGCAUGUUCAACAGUGAGUCAGAGCGUCGGUGCUCCCUGCCAUUCUGUGUGAAGGACCCGCAAGCAUACCACCAUGAUAUCUACCUGCAGGGGCUUUUGAAGGGUAGCGAUAGUUCAUUUCUGCCAAUGACAGAGUUGUUGGUGAGCAGUUACCCGACCACUAUCAUAGACUUGACAAGCCGAGAUGUCAGACAGAUGCAGAACUAUAGUGAGCACGCUUUCCAAAGGUUUGCUACUUUGAAGAAUGAGCUUAUAUGUCUGCAGUAUGGAAACUUUGAGGAACUUUUAGUGCAAGAUCAGGAUCUGAUCAACAGCUCUGUGUUCCCAGACACCCUGGUUCAGACGCUUGUCAAAGAGAUAUUUGAGUUGCCGGGCAGUUGUUGUGUUCAGGCGGCAUACAUCGCCCAGUUCAUGAGGAUACUGCAUAAGAGAGCCCAGUGUCUGAUAGAGUCAGUCCGGGCAGAGAGCAAUGAAGGCCAAGUACUAGUCAAGUCAAAUAUUCUGCGGAAAAUAAGACUUGACUUACAGCUGAAUGCUGAAGGAGAUUUCCUGAUCGUCCUGGCAACUGCUGAGAAACUGAAGCCUGGGCUGUAUACGUUUUUGAAACCACAUAGAUCCCUGGACCGAGACUUCAAAAACAUUGAUAUGUACAGUACAAAGGUGUAGGGGAUGGCAUUGACCAUACGUUAUAUAAAUGUGGUGAGGUCUCCAGUCCUGUGAUAUUGAUGGUGAUGAAAUACUGUCAUGUUUUGUGCGGAGGGUAACUUUUUAACCUUUCAGUUUUGCUUGAAAUUCAAUAUUCUGAGAUUGCUUUGAAAAAUAGCAGUUGAGCUAUGAAAUGUGGCUGUUUGGAGGUCUUAACUGGUGGAGGGGGCAGUUGGCAAAUCAACUGUAGAAUGCUUGCAAUUUGCAAGGAUGACAUAUCCAAUUGUUUCAAAUUAAAUUCUCGUUUGUAAAAAAAUGUUGUUACAUAUAUGAUCAAUCAAUAGUCAAUAUAAAUAAUGUUAUUUCUCAUACUAUAUAUGAAUUGUGUAUAGAAACCAUUUUAUUAGCUAUUUGUUAUAUGAUAGAAAAAAAAUAAUAACUUAAAAAAAGUUUAAAAGUUAAUUUCCUGAAAAAUUGCAUCAAAAGUCUUCAGAAACAAUGACUUACAAAACCACACGUCUUCUUGAUGGUAAUAUGAGUUCACUAUCCAAUGCCUGCAUCUGUGUUCUGCAUUUCAGCAGAAUUAUAAUCUUACUUCUUCUUCAAAAUAUUCAGGGCAAGCUUUGCAAACAAGUUUUUAUUUCUGUACCUACACGUAUUACAGAUAUUCCAUUGAAAUUUCAAAUCUGUAUAAAGUUUAUAUAAUAAGAAAUGAUAAAGAUCAUAAUUGCUGUGCCGAGUAAGUUGGUAGAGCACCAGACUACACAUACAAGGAUCUUGGUUUACUACCACAGCCCUACCACCUAACUUGUGUUGUGACUGGUCAUGAAAUCCUUGUAACGGUCUUUCUUUCCUCACCUCUGAUAUAAGUAGGUAAGUAGUCACUGACA